AUGGGCGCGGGACAGAGUGCGUGUCACGGGCGCAACGGCCUUAGCCGGGCGGGCGGGGGCGGGCGGGCGCGGGCGGGCGCCACCGGGCCAUGGGAAAAUCAGGCUUCGGCGCCCCCGCCCCGCGCGCCCAUUGGCCGCAUCGACCCGCCCCGCGCCCCACCAGCGCCCAUAAAUACAACGGCGCCGCGCGCAUCUCCUCAUUCCUCAGCCAUCGCUCGUCCGCGACGCACGCGUCCCGCGUUUACGUUCCCCGACCAGUGCUCGUGUUCAGUGACCCGCGAAGAUGAAAGCCAUAACGGCGAUGUGCGCGACCGGCGCCUCGGUGCCAGCUAUCGCCGGUGGCCGGGUGCAGAGGCAUCGCGACGGCGAGAACGC